AUGGAAAACAACAGUAAUCGCAGGUCUACCAGAGCGAUGGAGCAGGCCAGGAUCCAAGCCAUCAUUGCCGAGAACAGAGCAGCAAUUGCAAACGUAACUGCAUCCGCGGCUGGCUCAACACCGUCAACUACAUCUGCAACUCCUUCAUCAGCUACACUUGCACCUACGUCAGCACCCUCUGCUAGCAGGGCAUCUGCGGUUACAAUCGCACCUCCCUCAACCAAGAAGUCCAAGCCCCCUAUCAAGCCAUCCACCUCCAAAACCCUCACUAAACCACCCACAUUAAAAUCAGCUGGUAAGCGACCUCGCGUCUACAGCCCAGACAUAGAUGACCAAACCGAAGACAACAUCCCUGUCCAUCGACCUCCCACCACCACAACAAGCUCCUCGGGUCCCAUCGACGACGACACUCGGGCACCUGCAAGAAACCACCGCAAACCCUCUACCAUCAAGAUCAGCAUCCCCAAGAAAGCCACGAUCCCUAACAAGCAAGCUGUGGAGGAUAUGGCCCGUCUCGAUCUGCGAGAUGAACCCGAGGACGCUACCCCUGCACCUCCUUAUCGGCCCGGUGUCACCUCUUCUCAGUCUGGUGCUACUGCUGCUCAGGGUACGGAAGGACAGCAGGUACAUCCCACUUACCCGGAUCUACCCCCUGAAGUCCCCAGAGACGAGGAAGGUAUCCCGACCGCAUACUACUCAAAGGUAAAUGGAAAGACUCAAGUCUGGAGAACGAAGAAGUAG